UGUCGAGACAGACUUGCCCCCAGUCUGUCAAUCCCUUAUCGUGGCAAUGUUAAGAGCCCGUGCCUUGCAGGGACGCGGUAAUUCCUUCGUUUGCGCCUACUGCCGUCUCAAGCUUUCGCCGAGGGAAGCACAGCUUAGAGAUCGCCAUGUAUCAACUUCUAUAAUACCAGCCGGGGCACCGGGGCUAUUACCAUGCCAUUCUACGCAGUCUCUGGGCGUGCGAGCCCUCUCAACGAGCUCCCCGCUUCAUCGGCCGGACGAUAAAGGAUCCCCUCCCAAGCCGGGAGCCUUCCCGGGCAGUGGUUUUCCUGGAGGAUUCGGGGCUGGGGUAGGGUCUUUUGGCUCUUUUGGAGUCGCCAAAUCAACACCAGACACUGCCAAACCCACCUCGCUUCUCCCCCAUGAGCUCGAGGCUCGUAGCAAGAUGGGACUCACCCCCAAGAAGCCGGCUCCCGUCGCAAAGAUCCCUGAUCCUCCCCAGACAGCCUUGGCAAGCCAGGAGCAUGACAGCAAGAAGAAGAAGAAGAAGAACAAGAAGCAGAAGCGCCAAAACAAAGCUGAAGACAGGGCAGAGAAUAGGGCUGCCCUUUCGUCGGCUCUUGCAGAGGCUUUCAAGACGGACCGUACCCCCGCUCCAGUGGCGACGCCCAAGGCUUGGUCCAGCAACGAGCCUGAAAAACCAGCUGCUCCAGCUACGCCUGCAGCCCCUGCCUGGGGGGCUUUCAGCUCUCGCAAGAUUGACACGCGAUUACCAACUCGCGAGCCACAGUCACAGGCCAAGCCAGUAGAGAAGCAACUGCCAAAGGCACCUGUAACGCCUGAGAGGCCCACCGGGGAGGCCGCUUGGGGGGAGAUGAAGCGUGCCGCGCGAACGACAAGCGACAGCACUGAGGAGAAAGGAGGCGAUUUCUGGGACGCACUCGAGACUAGAGUCAGCGGCUUCCGUGGCAAGCCCAGCACUGCCUCUAAAUCUAGCAGCCAGCAGGCUUCGCCUGAUGCAGUCCAGGAUUUCUGGUCCCAGGAUCUUCAAACGCCGCAGGAGCAGCAACCGAGGCGCAAGUCCCGUUUCGAGGUCGAGGAUGAGGUUGAUGAUCGACGAGGCAAGAAGGGCAAGCGUCCUAAGAAUGUGCGACAGCAGCAGGAUGAUGACGAUGACUGGGACGAGGAUUCCAUUCGCCGAUGGGAGUUGAGGCAGCGAAAGAAGGCUGAAAAGGACGCCAAGAAGCGUCUCGAGGAAGAAGCCAAUAAUGCGCCAGUGCCCAUCUUCCUCCCCGAGUACAUCAGCGUGGCCAACCUAGCCCAGGCACUCCAGAUUCGAAAUGCAGAUUUUCUGCAUGACCUCGAGACCAUGGGCUUUGAGGAGCUCACCAACGACACCAUCAUGACUGGUGACACGGCAGCUCUCGUUGCGCAGGAGUAUGGAUUUGAUCCCACCGUCGACACUGGUUCUCAGCGAGAUCUACGGCCUCGGCCUGCGGCAGAGGACCCAUCCUCGUUACCUAGUCGUCCUCCUGUGGUCACCAUCAUGGGCCACGUCGAUCACGGAAAGACAACUCUCCUUGACUGGUUACGCAAGUCGUCAAUUGCUGCUCAGGAACAUGGUGGCAUCACACAGCACAUUGGUGCCUUUGUGGUUCAGAUGUCCUCUGGAAAGCAAAUCACAUUCCUCGACACUCCAGGUCACGCAGCUUUCUUGUCCAUGCGUCAACGAGGUGCCAAUGUCACCGAUAUCGUUGUGUUGGUUGUAGCCGCUGACGAUAGUGUCAUGCCUCAGACGAUCGAGGCCCUGAAGCACGCUACAGCUGCCAAGGUACCCAUCAUUGUCGCCAUCAACAAGAUCGACAAGGAGGACGCCCGGGUCGAACAGGUCAAGCUCGAUCUCUCCCGCAAUGGAGUCGAGCUUGAGGAGUUUGGAGGCGAUGUUCAGGUCGUCCCAGUCAGUGGCAAGACCGGUAAGGGUAUGGAAGAUCUUGAGGAGAACAUUGUCACACUGUCCGAAAUCCUCGACGUUCGCGCAGAGACCGACGGUAUGGCUGAGGGUUGGAUCCUCGAGUCCAGCGUCAAGCAGACUGGCAAGGUCGCUUCGGUGCUCGUCAAGCGAGGAACAUUGCGUCUUGGUGACUACAUUGUAGCCGGUAAGACGUGGGCCAAGGUUCGUGGCCUUCGCAACGAAGCUGGUGUUGAGAUACCUGAGGCACCGCCCGGAACCCCUGUCCAGGUCCUCGGCUGGCGUGAUCUUCCUGAGGCUGGUGAACAGGUCAUUCAGGCUCCUGAUGAGGGCAAGGCCAAGACGGCGGUCGAAUAUCGCCAGGAGAUGGCCGAGAGAGAGGAGAGCUCCCAGCAGCUCGCUGAGCAGGAGCAUCGCCAGCGCGAGAAGGCCGCUGCGGAGGAGGCAGCCGCUGCAGCAGAGGCCGAGGGCAUCGAGGCGGAACCUAGCGAGUCAGAGCCUGGCAUCAUAUUCCAGAACUUCAUCGUCAAGGCCGACGUGGCCGGCUCAGUGGAGGCGGUAUGCGGCACCGUUCAGGAGCUGGGCAGCAACGAAGUCCAGUCCAAGAUCCUACGAUCCUCUGUCGGCCUCAUCUCCGAGUACGACGUCGACCACGCGGCCGCGUCCAAGAGUAUCAUUAUCAACUUCAACAACACCAUCCUCCCCCACAUCCGCCACCGCGCAGACGAGGCGGGCGUGCGCAUCAUCGACCACAGCGUCAUCUACCACGUGGUGGACGACGUCAAGGCCGCCCUCUCGGACCUCCUGCCCUACAAGAUCUCGCACAAGGUCCUGGGCGAGGCCGACGUGCUGCAGCUGUUUACCAUCAACAUCAAGAAGCGUGUGCAGAAGACCAUUGCCGGCUGCAAGAUUCGCAACGGAUCCAUCAAGCGUACCUCGAUGGUCAAGGUGAUCCGAGCCGGCGAGGUCGUUUAUGAAGGCAAAAUCGACACGCUCAAGCACGUCAAGAAGGACGUCAUGGAAAUGGGCAAGGGCACCGAGUGCGGUAUCGGCUUCGAAGACUUCCAGGACCUCGAGAUCGACGACCAGAUCCAGACAUACGAGGUCCUCAAGGAGAAGCGCACAUUGUAA